UUAUUUUUGUGUAUUUCACAAAUAAAAUGCUGCAAAUUAUGUAUUUGUCUCUCACACGAAGCAGCACAAUGUACGGAAUUAGAUUGUCCCUUGGGUAAAAAUCCUGUUGAGACACCAUUAAAAGUUAUUAAUUGUACACCAGAUCAAGAAUUUUAUAAUGAUUGUUAUAAUUGUACAUGCGCAAAAAUGGGUUUAUUUGGAUUAUGUUCCAAAAAACAUAGUAAAAAAUGUAAUCAAAAAGCUAGACUAAGACGAUUAGAAGAAGAAUCAUCUGUUGUGUUACCACAUCGACCAAUACCAGAUACAUGGUGGGCAAAAUUUAGAAAUUUGAUGUUCCGCCAAAUAGAAAACUUCGAAAACAAGGAAAAAUGUGAGCCUGGCAACUUAUUCAUACACAAGUGCCCUACUAAUUGUUAUGUGGACAUAGAUGACAUAAACACAUCUAUGAAGAACUGGGAAGUUGGAACAGAUCCAGAUAAAAAAGAAUAUGCAGAAGAAAUACAAGCGAGGCUUAAACAGGGUCAACUUGCAUAUGAAAUAUAUGCAAAAAAUAGAAGGCGGCAAAGACAAUAA